ACCGGAUCAAAUAAUCGAAGCAAGGUAGAAGAUCAAGAUCCUCCAGUUCGAGUUCCCUUCAUCAUUUCGGUCGUGAAAAUUUUCGCUGGCGAUCAAAUACUACCCAAGCGAGUCAUACCGUAGCGUGUAGUGAAACCCUCUCAACAUUAUUGUGUUUGCGAUUGAUUUCCCAGGGAGUUGCUUGUUGGAAGUUGUGUACUUUUUGAAGUUGCAGCUCCGCUAUAUUUUCUCUCUACUCUUUAUUUUUCAUCACGAGCUAUUGAUUAUUACUAACUUUGCGAGCGCAGUCAGAAACUCGAAAAACACUAUUUACGUUGCUAAAACUGAUUGAUUCAUUUAUUCGCAUCUGUAUUUUCAAAACAAAAAGAAACAGAAAACAUGUUGCUGCGGUACUACUUGGAUUCGAAGGGCGAUCGUGUCUACACGACCAACAACAAAGCCCCGGAUGGAACUCCGACCUACUCCGCGCACCCAGCUCGCUUCUCGCCGGAUGACAAGUAAAGAUUUUUCGCAUUUAUUUUUUCGUUUCAUGAUCUGCUGGCAUUGAUUUCUUUUUGUAUGAUGUUGCCUGCUUGAAGAUCCCACGUCUAUCUUUAUUCCCAGAUGGUCACACAUCCAUGGCUGCACGUCUGACUUUGCAUUGAAACGAAAAGGAUGUGAUGUAAGCAAUUUUUAUCACCAAACCUAAACCAAUCGCAGGUUUUCCGCGCAGAGAAUAGCGUGCAAAAAGCGCUUCGGGAUUCUUCGAACGCAGAAGCCGCAGGAGCCGAUGUAAUCGGAGGCAGCGGGCGAAACACAUUUAUCGAACAAAAAACAGCGACUCACUGCAAAGACGGUGUUAGACAAAAAUGAAUCGGGACUAACAUUGGUUGGCGUAGCAAAGUUAGCAAUUGCAACAUUUAGAACGGAAAGAACGCAGAAUUUAUCACUCCGAUUGACCACCAGCACCAGGUACUAAGAGUAACAGCAGCAGGACUAUCAAUCCCACGAGCCACGCACAAUAGCCACAAUGGUAAUGAAGAAGACGACGGCUUGCUGGAAAUAGUACGAAAGGCGGUUGCUUAUUGAUCUGCCAUCGCUAGUCAUUUGGGAGGGUAGGCUCAAGAAUUUUUCAGUUGUUUGAUGUCCACGUUAUGCAUUUGCGAGAGCAGGAUAAUCGAGGUUAGAGGACGCACCUGAAUAAAAAACAUCGCGGCCUCAGUCUCUCUGAAACGUGACCACAGCGAAUUUUUCUUGCGCACUAUCUUACUUUCGGAAUCGAAAAAUCGUACUCGCUACUUCCGCAUCGACACGCGGGCAAGUCUCCAGCCUAAGGUCAUCGCGAGACCAACUGGUGUUCUUGAUCAGAAGUGAAAUGCGGGCGAGAGUACUAGAGUCGUGGUUGUAACCCGAGCGAAGUUUCCAGAUGUUGGACGUAGGACUUUGUGAUCGUUUUUCUGUUUGUAUGCGAGUUCGCUUCGUUUCUUCUGAUGCCGCUUUUUCUUCUCGCUUCAUUCUUCACGAACUCGAUUUAUUUGAUAGGGAGAAUUACACGACGACCGAAAGGUGCCCGUAUCGUCGUGCCUGGCUAUGGUACAACAUUUUUUGGCUGCGGGUCGAGGUCAACAACACCGUGUUGGUUCUGUCUCGUCGUCGUGGGGCAGAGCAAAAA